AUGCACCUCUCUUUAGGCAGGUGUAAUAAUGUUGGAGCAGCAGACAUAGUCUUCCUGAUAGAUGGCUCAUCAAGUAUCGGCAGGGCCAACUUCCUGCAGGUCAAGGGCUUCAUGGCUGGCAUCGUCAAGCCCUUUACCAGCUCUGUUGGCCAAUCAGGGAUCCGCUUCGGGGCCGUGCAGUACAGCGACACCUCUAGGGUGGAGUUCUCCUUCACAACCUACCUGAAUGGCACUGAGCUGGUCAGCGCUGUGGAGAAUCUCAACUACAAGGGUGGCAACACUCGCACAGGUGCCGGCCUCAAAUUUGUCGCUGACAACUUUUUCAACCCCACCUCCAUCCGGAACGUCUCAAAGGUCUGUAUACUGAUCACAGAUGGAAAGUCUCAAGACAAUGUAAGGGACCCAGCUCAGAAGCUGCGGAGUCUGGGAGUGGAGAUGUUUGCAGUGGGUAUAAAGAGUGCAGACCAGACUGAGUUGGCUCUGAUAGCCACUCCUCCUCAGAGGGACUACACAUUCUUUGUGGGGGACUUUAAGCUGCUCAACACACUGCUGUCCCUGGUGGGCCCACGUGUGUGUUCCAGCUCAGGUGGAGUCUAUGCUAGCGAUGAGGCUUUCUCCGGUCCCUCUAACCUCCAGUUCUCAAGCCAGACCUCUGAUUCGCUCAGGUUCCGGUGGACUCCCGCAGGGGGGCCUGUGAGUGGCUAUGUGGUGCAGUACACGCCCCUUUCUGGCCUGGGCCAGCCAAUUACAGCGGAGCUGCGUCAGGAGACAGUGUCUGCAGGUCAGAGGAGCUUUGUGGCCAGAGAGCUGAAGUCAGGGACAGACUACCUGGUGACGAUCAUCGCCCAAUACCCCAACAGUGUGGGAGAGCCUGUCUCUGCCAAGGCACGGACCAGGUCUCUACCAGGGGUGUCUGGUCUUCGUCUAGUCCAGGCUGGUUUCUUCUCCCUCUCUCUGGGCUGGGAUGCCCCCACAUCACAGAUCCAGGGCUAUAGACUCACCUACGGACCCCGAGGUCAGCCUGCAGCCCAGCUAUUGGAGCAGUCUCUGGCUGCAGACUCCACCUCUGUCACCCUGGAGAGGCUACUGCCAGACACAGAGUACGUCCUCACCCUAUACCCCCUGUUCCCCCGAAACUCUGUCUCCCCCGCCACCCUCACCUCACGCACAUUGCGUCUGGAGGCGGCCCAGCAGCUGUCAGUAGAGACCGUGUCAGAGCGUAGCGUCCGGGUGCUGUGGAGGGGAGUGGGUGGAGCCAGGGCCUACAGACUGGUCUGGGGACCAUUCACAGGUCGUGAUGUGAAGUCUGUCGAGGUGGCUGGCGACACUGAGACUCACACCCUGUUGAACCUGCAGCCAGACACCGAGUACAUUGUCACUGUCAUAGCCCUCUACGAAGCCAACACAGAGGGACCUGCUGCUACCGCCAGGUUCAAGAUAGAGCGUCUGGAGCAGCAGGUGCUGAAGGCAGCCACCACCGGGCCCUCUUCCAUCCGCCUCACCUGGAACCUAAUCCAGUCUGCCAGGGGAUACCGCCUGGAGUGGAGGCAGGGUGAAGGUGGCAGAGUGCAAAGUCAGUCGUUAUCCAGGAGCACCACUAGUUUUGAUCUGACAGGGCUGCAGCCCAGCACUGAGUAUGUCAUCACCCUGUUCACCCUGUAUGAUGGACGAGAGGAGGCCACCCCCGUCUCCACCUCUCCAACAGUGGAACAGCAGGUGGGGAAGGUGUCCAACCUGCGAGUGGUAGAGUCCCUGGGCAGCACUGUGCGACUGGGAUGGACAGGGGUUGCCGGGGCGACACAGUACCGUAUCCUCAUGGUCAAUACUGAAGCGCAAACAGAGGAAACACGCAGUGUCCCUGGAAGCCAGACGACCCUUGACCUUAGGGAUCUGACGGAGGGCGUGUCUUAUGGGGUCAGCGUGACAGCUGUGGUGGGAGACAACGAGGGGGACCCGGUCACUGUUUACAUCAAAGCAGAUGCUGAGCAAUCCCGUGAUCUGGGACCAGAGGCGUCAACCUACACGUUGGAGGGGUUGCAGCCAGACGAGGCUGUGGUCCUGGGUGUGGCGGCUGUGAUUGGUCAACGCAUCGGGGAAGAGGUCACCCUCUCGGCCAGGACCAAUGGGAACACCGGCUCAAGCUCAAGCACGGUUAGCGGCCUGCGAAUCGUUGAUGUCACCUCUCAGAGGAUACGCAUCACAUGGUCACCUGUCUCCAGGGCAACUGGCUACAAGAUUACCUGGCGCAGUGGAGAUGGAGUGGAGUCCACCCGCACAGUGGCCGCUGAUGUCACUUCCUUCACCAUUGACAGCCUUCAGGAAGAUUCCUCCUACCGGGUGUCAGUCUCCUCACUGAUUGGCUCUCGAGAAGGACGCCCCGCCUCCCUGAACACCAGAACAGCAUCAGACCAGGGUGUUGUGGGAACAGUGACCUCACUCCAAGUCCAGGAGUCCCGCGGUGAGGUCGUCAGGGUAACAUGGGUGGGCGUGCAGGGAGCAACAGCCUAUCGUGUGUCUUGGAAGCGAAUUGAUGGCGGGGAGGAGAGGAGCCAGCUGGUGGGUGGUGACCUGACAGCGGUGGAUCUGGAGCAGCUGGACCCAGGGGCUCAGUACGAGGUGCAGGUCAUGGCCCUGGUCCAGAACAGACAGGGAACCCCGGUCUCUGUCAGAGUCACCACACCAGGGGAACCUGCUGCUGUAGACCGGGUGGAAGGGGUCAGGGUGCUAGAGGCUACCCCAGGGGUGCUGCGUCUGGUCUGGAGAGGGAUGGCCGGGGUUACAGGGUACCGCAUCUACUGGAGAUCAGCCCUGGGUGAGGCUGAAUCGAGCCGUCUGAUAGGUAGAGAUGCAACCUCGUUUGACUUGGAUGGUCUGCGGCCUGGGGUGAGCUACACUGUGAGGCUAGCUGCCGUCUUCAGGGACAGAGAGAGUCAAGCUGUCUCUAUCACUGCCUCCACAGCUCCCUUACAGCCUAUAAGGGGUCUGCGUGCUAUGGAGGUUACCCAGAAUUCUGUGUUGUUGGACUGGGUUCCAUUGACUGGUGCCACAGGAUACGUCCUGCGCUGGAGAGAGGAGAGGGACACUGGUCCGGGUCAGUCCAUCCCUCUGCCUGGGACAUCCAGCUCCUACAGGGUGACAGGGCUGCGUCUGGGCCUGAGGUACCGCUUCACCCUGCAGCCUAGCUUCCAGAGGGAGGUUGGCCCUGAGACCUCACUGGAUGAACGUACUGUGUGUGUAGGUGGUCGUCUGGACGUGGUGUUCCUGGUUCCAGCUUCCAGGGAUCGGACCAGCAUGGUUGAGCCCCUACUCUCUCUCUUGACCAGCGCUGCCGGCUCCCUCACCACCAUCGGAGCCCGGGACUCACAGAUGGGGAUUGUAGUGUACAGCGCCCGGCCCAAGGUCUGGUUCCUGCUCAGUCACCAUAGCAACAGUGAGACGCUGCUUCAAGAGAUCCUGUCCACGCCUUUUGAAGACGGCCCAGGAAAUGCUAUAGGCCAGGCGGUGACGUUCACUAGACAGUUCCUUCUCAGCCCGACAGCUGGUCGUAGACCAAGAGUUCCUGGCGUAGUGGUGAUCAUUGCAGACAAAAAAUCAUCCGACAACAUCACUGUCCCAGCCAGUGCUGUCAAAGCCUCAGGUGUCACAGUGCUGGCGGUGGGUAUAGGUCGGGCGGACUCUGAAGAACUGCGCCAGGCGGUGACAGAUGGCAGCACCCAGAACCUCCUAUAUGCUCGUGAUGCCACCCAGCUUGGCACCCUGCACGCCGACCUGGCUGACCUGCUGUGUGGCGUCGCCAGGAUACCAGAGGGAGGGGGUGAUCGAGGGGAGCGAGGAGAAAAGGGAGAGAUAGGACGAGACGGUACUGACGGACGCAAAGGAGAGCCUGGUCGUGAUGGUUUGCCUGGCAGGGACGGCCCCAGGGGGCCUGAGGGGCGACAGGGUCUGCCUGGCGGGAGUGAGGCCCCCUCAGUUGGUGUCAGAGGGGAGAAGGGGGAGAGGGAUUGCCAGGGCGACCAGGGACCCCGGGCCCUGGAGGAGUACCGGGUUCACAGGGGCUACCAGGUAUCAGAGGAGAUCCUGGUGAUCCUGGGGUUAAAGGAACAUCAGGGACAAAGGGUGACAGGGGCGACAGUGGUGAGCCAGGGUCGGCUGUUUCAGGAGGAGGUCUGCCUGGCAGGAAAGGAGAACCAGGGGUCCCAGGAUUACCAGGUACCACAGGGCGUCCAGGAACUGACGGGGCCAAGGGCUUUGUGGGACCUGCAGGGAUCCCAGGACAGGACGGUCGCCCCGGGAUACCAGGUGCCCUUGGCCUCUCCAUCAAGGGUUCUGAUGGAAACCCAGGAGCUCAAGGUCCCAGAGGACUUACAGGACAACAGGGAGCCAAAGGAGACAAGGGUCCCCGUGGUUCUGCUGGAGGCCUUGGAGUCAAGGGGGACCGUGGCCAGCCAGGUGAGCCUGGAUCACAAGGGGGAGAGUGGACAGCCAGGCUCUACAGGGGCUCCAGGCCUGAGGGGUUUGCCUGGCACCAGUGGACUACCAGGGGAGAAGGGCAGCGAGGGCGCUAAGGGAGAACCUGGCCGGAGUGGUGAGCCGGGUCUGCCAGGUCUGGAGGGGCCCAGGGGCCAGAAAGGCGAGCCAGCCCAGAAAGGUGAAAAAGGUCCCCCAGGUGCUGGCACUCCUGGCCAGGCUGGACCUAAAGGAGAGCAGGGGGAUCGGGGAGUCCCUGGCUUAGCUGGAAGACUGGGGACCAAGGGAGACCCAGGUGACCCAGGAGAGAGAGGGGAGACAGGACGAGCUGGACCCGCAGGAAAGAAUGGCCUCCCAGGGAAAGAGGGAGCCAAAGGAGACAAGGGCGACGAAGGCACUCCCGGGGAGUCUGGUCUACCAGGGAAGGCAGGGGAGAGAGGAGUACGGGGUCUGGCGGGUCAGCCUGGGCGAGCAGGGGAGAAGGGAGACCUGGGAGACUCUGGAGCGCACGGACGCAACGGGGAUGCUGGCGAUCCGGGAGAGCACGGGGGCAAAGGUCAGAAGGGCGAGACAGGGCCCUCAGGGGCCACUGGGCUGCGUGGUCUUGAGGGACAACGUGGACCUUCAGGGGCAAGAGGUGAGAGAGGUGCGUCUGGACUGGAUGGACGCAACGGUUUGGAUGGCAAACCAGGGGCACCAGGACCGGCCGGCCUGAGGGGAGACACAGGGAAACUAGGGGAUCCAGGAAGAGAUGGGCUGCCAGGACUGAGAGGUGCACAGGGCCUCCCAGGCCCUAUUGGGCCUGCAGGAAAUCCAGGCACACCUGGGAAAGCAGGAGAAGAUGGAAAACCAGGGGCUGCUGGGAAAAUGGGCGAGGAUGGUGAACCGGGGGAAGAUGGCAGGAAGGGUGACAAAGGAGAGGCUGGGGCUGCUGGAAGAGACGGCCGUGACGGGCUGAAGGGAGACCGGGGCCUUGCAGGGCCUACAGGGCCAACUGGUCUAUCUGGGCCCCCAGGGGUCCCUGGCACCAUCGGACCUCCAGGACAGGUGGUCUAUGCGAAGGGAGCUCCAGCACCAUCUAUCCCUGGCCCUCAGGGACCUACAGGAACCCCAGGUGUGCCUGGAAUCCCAGGGGCUGUAGGAGCCAGAGGGGAGAAAGGAGCAGUGGGUGGUAAAGGUGAAAGUGAUGUGCAGAAGGCCCUCUCUAACCUUGGGAUUGAGGUGCAGGACUUGAAGUUGGUUGUGGAGAGGAGGAAUGUGCUGGUCAAGCCUGUGGUGGUGCAAGCUGAGAAGGGCCAGAGAGGAGACAAGGGAGAGGCCGGACAGAGAGGACCAGCAGGGAUAGACGGUGCUCGCGGGCUGGCUGGGGAGAGAGGUGUGAAGGGAGAGCAGGGGGAACAGGGGCCUGUAGGGGCCACAGGACCCAUAGGGAGGGCCAUCGGAGAGAGGGGCCCAGUGGGGCCCCCGGGACAGGCUGGAGAGCCAGGAAAACCUGGAAUACCUGGAGUACCAGGGAGAGCCGGAGAACUGGGAGAGGCUGGACGACCUGGAGAUAAGGGGGAGAGAGGAGAGAAAGGUGACAAAGGAGAGGAUGGGAAAAAUGGGCUAGCUGGAUUAGUGGGCCCACCUGGACCAAAGGGUGCUUCUGCAGAAGCGGGUCUGGCUGGACUCCCCGGAGCAAGGGGGCCCCCUGGGGUCACAGGACCGAAAGGAGAGCCUGGUGCUUCAGGACCACAGGGAUCCAAAGGAGACGGGGGUAUUGCAGGUCCCCGUGGAGAUAAAGGCGACCGAGGUCCAUCUGGAGAGCAGGGACGCCAUGGCUUUCAGGGGAACCCUGGAGAACCUGGAAUUAGAGGAUCAACUGGUCCGAUCGGUACCAACGGGCCUCCAGGUCCACCAGGGGUCAAGGGACUGUCUGGUCCCCAAGGCAGCAUGGGACUGCCGGGACCUGCAGGGCCUCCCGGAGCUGUGGGUCCGUCAGGACCUCCAGGUCUGCCAGGGCAGACGGGCGAGGGGGGCAAGCCAGGGGUCCCAGGAAGAGACGGAAUACCUGGAAAAGAGGGAACACCAGGGUUGCCAGGCAAACAGGGUAUCGCUGGACCAAUGGGCUCCACAGGGUUGAAAGGGGAGCAGGGGGACAGUGGCCCCCCAGGAAAGGCUGUAGCAGGACCCCCUGGUGUGAAAGGAGCACAGGGACCUCCUGGUGUGACCUUACCUGGGACAAUGGGAGAGAGGGGGCUGCCAGGGCUACGGGGUGAGAGAGGGGACAAGGGUCCUGCAGGCAUCAAAGGGGACAGGGGGGGCAGAGGACCUGCAGGGCCUAAAGGAGACAAGGGGGACACAGGACUCCCGGGCCCAGCAGGUCCUCCAGGAGCCCGUGGCAUAGCAGGGACCCCUGGUCUGGCCGGCCUGAGAGGAGAGAACGGAACCCCAGGACCUCCAGGACCUCUAGGACCCAGGGGUCUCCAAGGCUUUCUUGGUCAGGCAGGGACCCCUGGAGGUCCUGGGCCCCCCGGACCCACCGGCCUAGUUGGUACACCGGGAACUGCUGGAGGCAAAGGGGACAAGGGCGAUACUCUCCUGGUGGGAGGACCUACGGGAGAGAAGGGCAACAAAGGAGAGACGGGUGACCGAGGGCCAAAAGGGGGGCAGGGGGAGAAAGGCUUGAAAGGCAGUGACGGCCCAGCUGGGGAGCAGGGUCUGAGAGGUGAGCCAGGAGACAGGGGCUCUACAGGGUUCCAGGGGGCCAGAGGUCCAGGAGGACAGAAGGGAGAGGCGGGCCUGCCUGGUGUACCUGGAGAAUCUGGUACACCAGGAAAAGAUGGAAUGCCAGGCUUUAGAGGAGAGAAGGGAGACAUGGGAAUAACUGGAAUGCGUGGAAUUAAGGGCGACCGAGGAUCAAAGGGGGCGUGUGGAUCGGACGGACCAAAAGGAGAAAAGGGAGAUUCAGGGAUCCAUGGGCGGUCAGGGUUGCCUGGAAGGAAAGGUGAGCAGGGAGAAUUGGGUUCUCCAGGGGCCAUUGGAACCGCAGGCAAGGAGGGACUGAUCGGACCCAAGGGUGACCGAGGCUUGGAUGGAGUCUUGGGGCCCAAAGGAACUCAGGGAGAGAAGGGCGAAAGGGGCCCCUCAGGUAUCCCCGGCCCCCCAGGCCCCAGAGGAGUAGACGGGGCCUCUGGACUGACAGGGUCUCAGGGACCAGCUGGAGCUAAGGGCCCCGAAGGCCUCCAAGGACAGAAGGGGGAGCGGGGGCCUCUUGGUCCUGCCAUGAUAGGUCCACGCGGUAUCCCAGGUAAACCAGGAGACAGUGGCAAGCAGGGGGAGUUGGGUCCAGAUGGAGCCAAGGGAGACAGAGGAGAGCCAGGCUUGACGGAGGAUGAGAUUCGGACAUACGUCCGCACAGAAAUGAGCCAACACUGUGCUUGUGGAGGUGUUGUUGUGACAGAAACCCUGUCCCGCCCCAGGGCGCGUCCUGUUCCAGAGCAACAGCUGGCCCGGCAGGGCGAGGAGGGCAAGGAUGGGCGUGAGCUGCGUGUGGUGGUGAACACCAAUGACCCUGACUACGAAGAUAUCUACUCUAUAGAGAGUUACGAUGAUUCCAUGGCUAUGGAGCAGAGCAUCCACCUAACCCCCGCUGCGAAUCAUAACGACGCUCCAGUGGACAUUUGCGUGUUGCCCCUGGAGGAGGGCAGCUGUGGGAGGUUUACUCUGCGCUGGUACUUUAACAGCCAGGUGCAGGCCUGUAGACCCUUCAUCUACAGCGGCUGUGAGGGCAACGCCAACCGCUUCCUCCAUCAGGAGACCUGUGAGGAGCGCUGCCUCCCGGAGGACACAGCUUCAUUCAGGCUUUGA